ACUGGACAGCACUUCUGGAAAAGCAUGAUGCCAGCGUCUGUGCAGCUCAGAAAAAACGAGCUGAUUAUCGUCAGCGAAGUGGAGUUCCUCAAGAAGCUUGAGGUGUUCCUACAGAAGUACUCUGAUGAAGUGAUUGCCAACUACAUGAUGUGGCUAGCAGCUAGCGAUAUGACGGACAUGCUGACCAAUCAGAUGAGGAAUAGGAAGAGGGAAUAUGCGACUGUAGGUGCGCAAGAGCCACGGUGGAAGGAGUGUAUCGGAGUCGCUUCAAGCCUUUCACUGGCUCUUUCUUCACUUUAUGUCGAGAGAUACUUUUGAUGAGACCUCCAAAAAGGCAGCUCUGAAUAUGACCAAUAUGAUACGUGAA